AUGGAGAAGACAUUCAUGGAUGAUGCAAUUGCCAGCAGCUCCCUUGCACUUGUUGGGGUUCUGUUUUUCAUAAUGAUUAUUAAGUGGCUCAUUGUGCAAUUCUUUCUACACUUGUCAAGUUUGAGGUAUGCGCUUCAAUUCUUUGUAAGUUACUUGCUUAAUACUGGUCUGCGCAAUGUUUGCCGCAAUAAUCAGACCAAGAUCACAACCCAGCAAGCUUGCAUUUACAAGACAGUAGGUGUCGAACAGAACACGAAAGACUUGGGUGACACGAAACUGUGUUUAGGAGAGUUGGCAGCGGUUAUGGAGAACCUGGGAAGUUUAUGUGAUGAUAAUGGGGCUAAGGAGAUGGCUGACUUGCUUGAGGAGGAACCCAGCUUGGAGGAAGUGAAAGACGCCUUCCAUUUGUUUGAUGAAAAUGCAGAUGGGUUCAUCGAUGCAGGGGAGAUCAAGAAGGUUCUCCAUGUAUUAGGUUUCAUCCAAGCUUCGGAGUCAGAAUGCAAAAGAAUGAUCAAGUCCUUCGAUCAAAAUGGAGAUGGACGUAUAGACUUUGAGGAAUUUGUUAAGCUCAUGGAAGAUAGCUUUUGCUGA